CGCUUGGCCGGUGAGGGGCUCCGUGACAAAGUUUCGCUCGUGCUGCAAUUACUGCGUCUUGCUUAGUCUUAUUUUAGUUGCCAUGCGCAGGAUAAGUUAAUGAAAGAGUGUUUUGUUCUUGUUCUGGUGUAAAUUUGUGUAUCUCAUAAGGUCCCGGAGUUUAAAGAUCGGGACACCAAUACACCGAAACAUAAAAGAGUGAAAUCGUACACAAACCAACGAUGAAAAUACAAACCUCAUUGUAUUCUCUGAAGAUCCUAUUCAGUGGGCACUUCAGCCGUGCCUUUGUGCCCAAAUCUACCGCCUGAAGAUGGAAUACCGCGCCUAAACAGGGAUAGACCUAGGUGUUGUGGUGAGGCCGAGGUGACCAGCGCCGUCGCCGAGGAUGGCGGAGAAGCAGACGAUUCUGGGGCUGGGCUUCAAGCCCGUGCCCAUGAAGCUCUUCGCAACCUGGGAAGUGGACAGGACGCCGCCCAACUGCAUCCCAAGGCUGUGCCACGUGACGGUGACGCGGCUGCAAGUGACGCUGCCUCUCGGCGGCGACCUGACCUCCGUGACGUUGGCGGUGAAGAUGCAGUCAUCGAAGCGGACUCUGCGCUCCAACGAGAUCCCACUCCCGCCCAGCGGCACCAUCGACGUCGAGCUGCAGCUCACCUUCUCCCUCCAGUACCCGCACUUCCUGAAGCGCGAGGGCAACACGCUUCAGAUCAUGCUUCAGCGCCGCAAGAAGUACAAGCACCGCACCAUCCUCGGCUUCAAGACCCUGGCCGUCGGGGUCAUCAACAUGUCUCAGGUUCUUCAGAGACCAGUUGACCGGGAGUUGGAAUUGUACAGCGAAGGCAAAGAGAAGGGUGUGUCGCUGGCCAAGGUGACCAUGGUCUCCCUCUCAUCACAGCCAGUGGACACAGACGAGCAACCUGAGAGAGCCAAGUCCUUUAUGGCGGAUAACCCAGAUCGUUCCGUAGAUCUUGUGGAGGUGUACAGCGAUGACGACGAGGAUUACAGUUCCCAGGAUGAAGGCAGUGACUCAGAGCCAAUACUAGAGGACGGCUCAAGAAGGACACACCAUCAUUUGCGAUCAAACACACGAUCGAAGAGUUUACCCCCCAAUGCUCGGCAAAGAAACCUAAAACAAAGGUUCAUUGCAUUGCUCAAGAGAUUUAAAGUUCCUGAAGCCUUACAGGCAUUUGAUCAGGACCAGGAGCUUGAUCCCAGAACUGGUGGUGAAGUAGAUGAAGCAGAAAUUGAAGACCUCUUUGAUGAACUGGAAGAUCUUAGCGACUCUGGCCCUGAAGUGGACACUAUCUCCAUAACGUCAACCCCCAAACCGUCACUGCGGCCAUACUUCUCGUCUUCUCGAUCUCUACUUAAUGAAGCAGACAAAGUGGGCGCAGAUAGACUGAGUGAUGAAAGUAGCAAAAGAGCCGACAGCGAUCACAUGGAGAACUGGACGGAUCAGGAGCACUCUGAUCCACAGUGCUUAGCUUCAUCUCCACCAAGAGAAGACAAAAAUAAAAGUAACAAGAACAAGUUGUUUAAUAGAGACCGAAGUAACAUGUCCCUGAAAGAGAGGAGGAGUGUGUCGUCUACGGGUGGAUCGACACCUCGCCAGGAGAAGAUGGUUGUUGAGAGGUCAAACUCAAGUGCAAAUGUUGACUCUAGUCCAAGGAAGGUGUUGUUAGAGCAGCUGGCUCGGGUACUACCAGUGGAGGAUGUACAACUGCCGGAUCAUGUUGUGUUGGUGAACACAGGGGAGUCACACGGGCCUCUCCUGUCGGCACACCUCACAGAGCAUGGCCACAGGGUGAUCACUACCAUGUCCAUGGCUGAUGUAAAGGCCACUGUCUCACACCUUGUCAACAAGCUCCAAAAAUUCUGCAACAGUAAUGCCAAAGCCCCAGGCCCCAUGAAAGUGGUGGUAGUGGGCUCUGAUACCUACAUUAGUUGCGUUUUGCGACCGUAUGUCGACCAGUUCUCUUCCAAACCCCCGGACUUCCAAAACCACGUUAGAUUUCUCAUCAUUCCUCUUGGUGUAAAUAGCCUAGCUAAGUACUUAGGAUCUGUAGACUCUGUGUAUGGUGCGGCCUUUGUCAGUGAAUCUUGGCGAGAGGUUGUGGAGCGGUGGGAGAAGCCAGAUGUGCAAGAGGUUGUUAAUCGCAUCCACCGCUACCUUACACAGGCUCAACACACGUUGCACCUUCCUAUUGCUGAAGCUAUGCUCACAUAUAAGGAAAAGAGUGGAGAUGAUGAAUCGACGCAGGCCUUUGUGCCAUUUAUCAUGGAUGUGCGGUUGGGGAGUGGGGAUGUGACUUCGUCCUCAGUUGACCUGGAGGAGCCCCUCUCAACGCCCACUGCAAUCAUCCUUCCUGGGUCGCCCCCAGCUGCAUCCACACCCACCACUGGCCUCAGCAUAGACAAAACUCGGGACAACACAACUCCUCCCUCCUCACCCAACAUCAACAGCUCACACCUGGCCAACUACAAGUCAUUAUCUGAAAGUGGUGGGCAGGAAGCUCUGGAUCUACAAGUGGACUACUGGCUUGUGCGGAGCUCUGGCCGUGAAGACAAAGAGAAGGAAAAGGAGAAAGAAAAAGCACGUGUUGAAGGAGGAAAGUACACCCUGAAGACCAGCUUUCGCACUUUACAGGUGGCGCGAUUAGCUCCCCUUGGGGUAACACCACCAGUAGAUCCCUACUCCUUCCAGCACUUGACAUUGUCAUAUGCCACCAAAGAGAAGAAACAGAGAAUUAUGCGCAUUGGGAAGAAGAAGGAGAAAGAGAGAGAGACAGAGAGUCGAAGAGAAGUCGUAGAUGGAGUGAGCAGAUUAUUGGCAAGUGCCAAGAAUCAGCCUUUCAAAGUGAACAUAGAUUCUGCCGAGUGGACAAACGUCAAGUUCUUCCAGUUGUCCUCGCAAUGGCAGACGCAGAUCAAGACCUUCCCAAUUUCUCUCUUUAGCCUUCAAGACUCCAACUUGUGACUCACAACUCUCCAAGAGUAUUAGGUAGUAGUUGUUCCGAGACAUCCAUGAUCACAAUCAACCAAAACUUUUAUCUGGACAUCAACACACAAGGACUCCUCGUGCCUCCAAGCAAUAAUGACCAGUGAACAGACCUUUUAUUUUUUAUUUAUUUAUUUAUUUUAUUCUAAUGGUGUAAAACUUUUGAAAGACCAUAGAUUGGCUGUGGUUUAAAUCUUGGCAUCUUUUUGUUUCUGUUUCAAUGAAAAUCAGAAGCACAUUCUCCAGAUGUAAGACAGACCUGAGAGGUGCCACUGAAAUCAAUUAUAUUUUUAUUUUUUUAAAGUCUUAUUACAUGAUGAACUGAAAGUCACACAUGAUAAAAAAAAAUGCAAACCCCUUUCUUCCCUUGAAGUCUAAUGGAUUUGUCAGUUUUAAGUAGUGGGAAGCUUUGUUAGUGCUCAACUUUAUAACACUAGGAAACAAAGAGUGAUAGACUUUCUGCCCAGUGAUCAUAAUUGCUGAUUGUGGCAAGUGAUGUGCUUGCUGUCUUAAUUUUUCUCCAUAUUUCUAGGUGCACCAAAUCUUUCAGCAUUUUUUGUAAAAGCAACAGAUCCCUCAAGUGUCAAGUGAUUUAUAGCCAAAAUGAUUAUGAAGACUAAAGAAAACCUAAAUGAAAAAAACAGAUUCCUUUGGCAAGAAAAUGGAUAUUGAUCAACUGAUGUAAAUUUGGAACUGAUUUUUUCUCAGAACUUUUGUUUCUGUUCAUUGUCACACAUGGUAACAGAAUGUUCUUUAGUAACAAGACAUCAGAACACAGACCUAUAUCACGCAUUCAAUUUUACCAUCAUAACUGAGUAAAAAAAAAGCAACCAAAGGAGUUGCCUUGUGCAGACUCCCCUUGUGUACUGCUUCCUAGUUGUUGUGAAUGUUUUAUGAAUUGUAUGAAUUACUGUGCAUUUUUAAUUGCUUCCUGAUGCAGUGCUCAUGUGUAGAGAAGAAUGCUUUCUCAUAUUGUAUGAAGUGUUGUGAUGCUGGUGUAUUUUUGUAUGAUCAUUUAUAAUGAAUCUAGGUAAAGGCAGCAGCAGAAGUCUUUAGUGUUUUAUAAUGUUGAGUUGAUGUAUGGCCUUAUUAAGCACAAAUUUACUUAUAUGUGUUGAGGAGGAUGAUAAUGAAGAAAAAAGUCCUCGGUAACUGCCUGAUACAGAUUGCAUAGACUUCAUUUUGACGAAGAAAAAAAAGUAUUAAAUUUGGAUCAGUAAAUGUUUUUAUUAUUUUGGAGUUUGCCAGAUUCUAUCGUUUUUCUUCGGACGAUCUGAGUGGGAUUGGCUGUUGUAAUCACAGUCAUGAAUAUUAGAGCUGGUCCUGUUCACUGCCAUUGAUAUAUUAUAUACUAUUAUCAGGAACAUUAAUUGAAGUUAUUGAUGUUUGUAGGAAAUGUAAGGAAGAAAUGUGUGUAAAACAGGAUUUUACUUUUGUCUGAUGGCUGUACAAAGGGCAGAGUGGAAUGUUUGUCACAAGCAUAAAGGAAGAUGUUAUUACAGUACCUCUCAUAGAGUUUAGGUAAUUUCACAAAAUCCCAUUUUCUUUUUGUUUUGUUUUUUCAGUAUUAGAUAUCAUCAUGCAAGGAUUGAUAUAGAGUUUAUGACCAUCACCAUAUGAUAAAUUAGGAUUUUACAAAAUUUUGAUUAAACCAAAAAAAAAAAAAAAAAAAAAAAAAAAAUUAGCUGGGACCUUAAGUAUGAAUAGCAAGAAUGGUUAAGCAAGAGUUUGAUGUGUUACACAUUUCAAAGGGAAAUAGAAGGACUUUUCUUAUGAUCAUCUUGAACUGCUGUAUUUCAAAAUUCAGGUAGAUGGUGUCUUUUUCCUGUUAAUUUUUCACAAAUGUCUUAAUCUGAUACUGAGAUUUGAUUUUGAAAAUAUGAAAAUUUUCUUCAAUAUGCGAGAUAAGAUUAGAUCAGUAAUGGUACUAAUGUGGACAGGAUAAUUACCCUUAUUUUAUUUAUAUUUUUAUGUUUUGGUUCUCAUGGAAAAUACAUGGAUAAAUUGUAAAGUUUGAAGAUUUCUUUUUUCUUUGCAUAUUUUUCCAACUAUAAAUAUUUAAAUCAAGAUUUUGAACUCUGUCUUUAACUUUUAUUUGGAAGGAUUCUGAUAAUUUUUUAGGAAAUUGAACUUUUAAGCCAUUAUUAUUUUAUGUUGUUCAGCAUUUUCACUCAUUAUGUAAUACUUAGCUAAGAUCCUGUCACAGUCAAAGAGAUGAUAACAGGAAAUAACAAUGCUAUGGGUUUGUUUAAGACCCACAAAAUUUUGUCUAUAAGAGAUAGUUUCAUUUUGUAAUUUAAAUUUUUGAUAUAUUUAAAACACCUUUGAUUGCUAAAUUUCUGUUUUUAUGGUUAAGAAGAGUUUACUGUUUGCAGGUUAUCACAUAAAGAUUUCUUUCAAAUUUCUUGUUAGUUUGGCCUGAGAAUAACAUUUUCUAAAAGGCAUAUAAGAUCAGAUACUAAAAGAGAAUUAAUGCACCAGCAGGGUUUCUUUUAGGAAACCAGUUUGUAUUAUUCAGAUUUGCUUCACAAUUUAGAGGGCUGUUAGAAGCUUCUGAUUUUACCAAAAUAUAUUGGAUUAAGACAGUACAUUAAAGAGGAACUUUGCGCAGCUGAGAAGAGGGGAAAAAAUUGAAACUCAAGAAAGGCAGUCACUGAGUUAUCAUCAUCCCUUGCCUAACUUACAUGGGUCAUGUUCCUGUUUUCCUGUAAGGUCAGAAAUGCUAUAUUAGCCAAAGGUCACAGUCAGAAAAGAAAAUUGCAUUUUGUUUUGUAAGAAUGAGAAAAGUUUAAAUGUUUUUUUAGGUGAACUUAUACACAGAAGUAACUCUUCAACUUUGGACAGUGAAGGUAAUAUUAAUUUUAUAACUAUGUUAUUUAUCCUUUUUUAUAACUAUGUUAUUUAUCCUUUUUUAUAAUUCUCAAGAAAGAUUCGAGUAUAUGAAUGGUCAGAGGAAUAUGUGAAUACUCUUUGUUCAGGAUCAUGGUGAGGAACUAAGUGGUGUCUGUAGGAAUCUUUGACAGGUUCUGUUCCUCUUCUUACUCUGUCAUUCUUGUUGUGAAGAUUGACUUGAUAUGAAACAAUUAAAUCUACCUUGCUUCUGCAGUCCUCCUCCCUCCUCCCUCCUCUCUCACCUUGUUGUUUGGAGUCUUCUGAAGGAUAAGUAUUAGUGGCCUUGUGGGGCCAAAAACCACUAGUCUCAUGCUUGUCAGGGCUGGGAGCAUCCAUGAAGAAUCACCAAAACUUAAGGUUGGUCAAUUGUUUCAUCCCUGAGGAUGUUACUGAGGCCCUCAACUGCUCAUUCUCUUUCUCAAAUGGAUUUCAAUCACUUUGCCCAUCUUGACUGUUGAAUCAUUUCCACUGAUAUAAUCAGUGGCUUAAGAGAUAUAUACUGUUGUAAUCUAACUGCAAAAAAGUAUUUCAUAAGACUUUUUGAAUAGCAAAUAAUGUAUUGGGAGUCACUGAUCUGCCAGUUUUGAUAAAGUUAUUAUCAGUUUAACAUAUGAUUUUAGUUUGUGAAAUGUCUUUUAUCAAUGCUGCAAUUCAACAUGCAUAUCAUAAUAUCUGCACCAAGUAGGCAAAAUCUGGAGGUGCUGGUGAUAAGCUUUCAGCUGGCCUGAAGCAAAGUUCUGGAAGCUCCUGCCUCUGCUAUCAAUUCACACAUAUUAGAAACAUACUUAUGUAAACAGCAAAGAAAAACAAACCGUAUCAAAUGCACUAAGAAUUAUAACAUGUCUUUGUAAUAUUUUGCUAUACCACUUUAACACAUUUUGAAAUAAAGAUGAUAAUUGAAUCUUGCUUUAACAAGAAAAUCAAAUUUUAAUAACCAGUUAUCCUGAACAUUAUCAUCCAUGUAAUGGAAUGUAAAUGUCUGAUAUUUGUCAUGUGAUAUAUUAUAUUGUAAUGGAUGCCCCCUACCCCAAGUAAUUGAAUGUGAUGUAAACAUUGUUUUUUUUUUCUUUCUUUUUUCAUUUUGCAUUUUUAGAAAUGUAGAUUAUUUAGAAGUUAAGAUUAGUAUACUGGAUGUGCUGAUAAUUUUUGUAUAUCACUUUUCCCUUUUUUCUUUUAAUUUUUAAGGGGUUGAAGUAAAUAUAUUCACAGUAUGUGAAGUCAAAGGACCACAAUAUUUGAGGGAAAAUUUAUGAUAUUCUAUAAAUUUUCACUUUUGUAAACUUCAGGCAUUAAUAGGAAGUUUUGUAGUUGCAUCAGAGGAAAGGGAAUGUGGUAUGGAUACCAGUGAAGUCAGUGCUUGUCUGCCCUGCAGUGUGUACGGUCUCAAAGAACUGUAUGCAUGAUAAGAAGCGAUAUAUUUUGCCAAGAUUUAUGAUGGCUUGAUUUGUCAAGUAGCUUCAAUCAAAGAUGUUUGUAAGGUUAGUUUUUAGGUCUCUUGUUGUAAUAGUUCACGGCACAUUCAUGAAAGGAACAAUGUUUAGAUCUGAGUGUGGUUUACCACCAUUCAUGUAUUACUUUGUAGGAAACUGGGGAGCACAAGUUCUUCUUUUUCUUUCAUAUAAUUUUCCAAUGCUGUAAAGCACAGUUGCCAUUUUAAACUUAUAAGUACUUUAUGUUGAACUUAAAAAAUCCUGAAGUAAUAUCUUUUUUAUAAUCUACAGAGAGCAGAAAUGUCAUAGAUGGCAGAAAACAAGUUGUACCUUUUAGAUGAAUGUGGCCGAUAUUAGCAGGAGCCUCUCUUGUUCUUCCAAUAGUAUUGGAAUGGAACAUAGCACAUCUGAUUACAAAAAAUAAAAUCAACAUUAAGUUUUAUGUUAUGUUUCGAUUUGUGUCUUGUCACUUUUGUACAUGAACUGAAU